AAAACCAACUUUAUCACUCAUGUACAAGGAAAAUUUUAACAAUCACUAAGUAUUAUAUUACUUGUACUACUGGAAAAAAUUUGAAGGAUAAUUUGAAGGGGGUAUGUCUUGUUUACUUUUCAUUACAGGGCUAUCUGUCAAAUCCUAACAACAGCCAAAAUUUAACAUUUUUCAGUAUUUUUGUGCUGAAUUAAAAAAAACAUGAAUGCAAUGAUUAAAAAAGGAUAGAAAGUUCUAAAAGAAAUGGUAUGAUUUUCUAGUUGUUAAGGCAAUUUCCCAUGUUGAAACAUAACAUUUUUAAAAUGAAAAUCCGUAUUUUAAAUGGGCUAUCUCUUUAAUGGCAAGUUCUGUGUUUUUUAGCUUUUCUCAAUAUUUUUAGAUGACGGAAAGUUUUUCAAAGCGAAAAUUAAUUUGUAAAGAUCUAUAUGGAUAUUUAUUAACUCUUCCACCAAGUAUUUUGGAUGGCUUAUAUGACCACCCUUUUACAUGUUUGGCUGUAUUCAGAGGUUUACCAGAACUUGCAAAGCAUUAUGUUAUGAGAACAUUAUUCACAGAGCAAUCACUUCCAGACACCUUUGUUUCAGCUUGGUGUAAAACUGAUCAAAUGAAACUGCACGAGUUAGCUCUGUCUCGUUUAAAGGGUUUAAAAAUUUGGACAGUUGUUAAUACUGGCUCUUCGUCCAUUCGAUACGAAAUGAAUCGGUUUUUCAGACAAAACUUAAAGAUUGGUUUAUGUGGCGGUGAUAUUGUCGAAGAAGAACCACUGAAAACAGUUGAAGAGAAGCAUGCUCGCGAUGUUGAUUUCUUAGAUAAAUAUUCCAAAGAAAGAUGGGAGUGUGUGUUAUACUACAUGACAGGAUCACAAAUGGGUGCAAAUGCCGGUGUAAGUGAAGAUGUUGCACGAGUUUUAAUUAAUUCUGGUUUAUUAAAAUUUGAUGUGAAAGAACAAUCAACUUCUAUUACUUCUGCAGGGUUUCAGUUCUUACUGCUUGAUACAUCUUCACAAGUUUGGUACUUCAUGUCGCAACAUUUAGACUCAAAAGAAGGUUCGGCGUUAGUUGAAUGCCUUUCCUUUUUAUUCCAAAUCAGUUUUUCUGUCCUUGGGAAAGAUUAUAAUGUUAAGAAUUUAACUUCAGAUCAGUUCAGCUUUCUGCAGUUAUUACGAGAAAUUGGUCUUGCCUAUCAACGCAAGCGAAAGUCAAAGCGUUUCUACCCUACUAGACUGGCAAUAAAUCUUGGAACAGCUGUGACUGCGAAUGUUAGCACUUCUCAAAGUUUAGGUUACUUGAUGGUUGAGACAAAUUACAGAGUUUAUGCUUAUACGGAUUCGAUAUUGCAAAUAGCAUUGAUAAGUUUAUUUACAGAAAUAAAAUGUCGUUUUCCAGAAUUCACGGUAGGAGUUUUAAGUCGCCAAAGUGUGCAACAAGCAUUGUCAUGUGGUAUUUCAGCCAAUCAAAUCAUAGAUUUUUUAAGAACUAGAGCUCACCCACAGAUGCGGAAUCAUACACCAGUUUUACCGCCAACUAUAACUGAUCAAAUAAAACUAUGGGAGAUGGAGAGAGACCGUUUACGGUAUACUGAAGGUGUUUUGUAUAAUCAGUUCCUCUCACAAACCGAUUUUGAAAUGCUUCGAAAGUUUGCAGAAGGAAAAGGCGUGCUUUUGUGGGCAAACAAUGCUAAACGAUUAAUGGUGGUUUCGAAGGAUGGCCACGAUGAUGUAAAAAAGUAUUGGAAAAAAAAUAAACCAUCUUGAAAUUGCUCUUAUUUAAUCUUUUUUCACGAUUUUAUUUAGCUUUUUUUCUGUUCUGUUUUUGUAUUUAGUUUUGUUACUUAAAUUGCAGCAGUUUUGUAGGCAGGUAAAAAAGUUUUUUUAUACAACUGACAGAUAUAGGGUUUUGCAAAAAUGAAAAAUUUGUAGAGGUAUUUAAAUUGUAGCAAAUUAUACGAAGAUUAUUUAUUACAAAAAUGACUUGUUGUGCUUUAGUUAG